AUGUCUCUGUGGCAAUCAUACCGCGCGCUCACCCCCAAGACGCGCAUGCUCGUCGGUGGCGGCGUGAUGGCAUGGGCCGCCUUUGGCUUGCUGCUCUCCGACAGAGCAGAGGCGGCGUUUGGCUUUACGCCUACUGAGCAGGAUAAGCGGGACUUGCGAGAUUCGAUGCCGAAGAUUCAUCUGGUUGAGAGGGAGGAGAAGUGA